AUGUCGAACUUUACAAAACUUGAAUUUGAGGCUCUUGAUAUUACGGGAAAGAAUUACUUGUCAUGGAUAUUGGAUAUCGAAAUUCACUUGGCUGCACAAGGUCUCGGAAAUACAAUUAAAGAAGAAAAUCAAGAAACUGAGUCAAACCGCGCAAAAGCUAUGAUCUUUCUUCGCCGCCAUCUCCAUGAAGCACUUAAAAGUGAAUAUUUGACAGUGAAAAACCCACUUGAAUUGUGGAAAAAUUUGAAGGAUAGGUAUGAUCAUCAAAAGACCGUGAUUCUUCCAAAAGCUCGUUAUGAUUGGAUGCAUCUGAGGCUCCAAGAUUUCAAAACCGUCAGUGAAUAUAACUCCGCACUUUUUAAAAUAAGUUCUCAAUUAAAAUUAUGCGGAGAAAAUAUUACUGAUGCGGAUAUGCUAGAAAAAACUUUCUCAACUUUUCAUGCCUCAGAUGUACUCCUUCAGCAACAAUAUCGUGAAAAAGGUUUUACAAAAUAUUCAGAUUUGAUUUCUUGUCUUCUUGUUGCUGAACAAAAUAAUCAGCUUUUGAUGAAGAAUCAUGAGUCUCGCCCAACUGGAUCUCGCCCAUUCCCUGAAGCGAAUGCGGCAACAUACAAUUAUGGGCGUGGACGAGGUGGCGGGCGUGGACGAGGUGCUAAUGGUCGACGUGGACGUGGUUUUGCUCGUGGACAAGGAGUCCGUGGUCGUGGAUCUCAAAUCCAAAAUUACCCUAUUUUCAAGAAUGAUAAAUCUAAUUCCAACCCGAAGUUGGAGAAAAAUAUUAAUAAAGGAAAAAGGGUUGUUGAAAGUGAAUGCUAUAGGUGUGGAAUGAAAGGUCAUUGGUCACGUACCUGUCGUACGCCAAAACACCUAGUUGAUCUUUAUCAAGCGUCCCUGAAGGACAAAGGCAAGAAUGUUGAAACAAAUUUAGUUUUCGAAAAUAACGACCAUGCAGACAAUCUCCUUGCAAUGACUUAUUUGGAUACUGCUGAUUUUUAUGAGACUCCUGACGGCACCACUACCCUAGAUGAUAAACAGAAUGCUUGA